UCGGGUUUUCUGGCCUUUGUGGAGCCAUCACCUAGCCCCAAGUCCCUUGGUCACGAAUAUAUCCCGGUGGCAAAGAAUCCUCGAGUGGAAUCUCCCCAAAGGGGCAAGGUCCCGAGUCCCGGACCAGCCCAGCGCACCCCAUCUCCUGCCCGGCAGGUGUCCCACGCCGAUUGCUUCCCCGCCGGGUUCGCCUGCGUCCCCGCCAAGCAGUCAAGAUGGGUGAGUCAAAUGAAGAUAUAGACCAAAUGUUCAGCAAUUUGCUGGGAGAGAUGGAUCUUCUGACCCAGAGUUUAGGAGUUGACACUCUUCCUCCUCCGGACCCUAAACCAGCCAGAGCUGAAUGUAACUACAGUGUGGGUUUUAAGGAUUUAAAUGAGUCCUUAAAUGCACUGGAAGAUCAAGAUUUAGAUGCUCUCAUGGCAGAGCUGGUAGCAGACAUAAGUGAAGCUGAGCAGAGGACAAUAGAGGCACAGAAAAAAUCCUCUCAGAAUCAACAUCCUUCGGCAUCUCUGGAGGUACCAACUUACAGUGGCACAGCAUCUUUUGGCUCUGGAACAAAUGUUGCUGCAAUUAGUAUCAGCCAAUAUGAAGAUGAUUUACCACCUCCACCAGAUGAUCCUGUAUUAGACCUUCCUCUGCCACCGCCACCCCCGGAGCCUCUUUCUCAAGAAGAAGAGGCAGCUCAAGCCAAGGCUAAUAAAAUUAAGCUAGCAUUGGAAAAACUGAAGGAGGCCAAGGUGAAGAAGCUGGUCGUCAAGGUGCACAUGAAUGACAGCAGCACAAAGUCCCUGAUGGUGGAUGAGCGGCAGUUGGCCCGAGAUGUUCUCGACAACCUUUUUGAAAAGACCCACUGUGACUGCAAUGUAGACUGGUGUCUUUAUGAAAUUUACCCAGAACUACAAAUUGAAAGGUUUUUUGAAGAUCAUGAAAAUGUUGUGGAAGUCUUAUCAGACUGGACAAGAGACACAGAAAAUAAAGUGCUAUUUUUGGAGAAAGAGGAAAAAUACUCUGUAUUUAAAAACCCCCAGAAUUUUUACUUGGAUAACAAAGGAAAAAAAGAAAGCAAAGAAGCAAAUGAGAAAAUGAAUGCUAAAAACAAAGAAUCCUUACUUGAGGAAUGUUUCUGUGGGACAUCCGUCAUUGUACCGGAACUUGAAGGAGCUCUUUAUCUGAAAGAAGAUGGAAAGAAAUCUUGGAAAAGGCGUUAUUUUCUUCUCAGGGCUUCUGGAAUUUAUUAUGUGCCCAAAGGAAAGACUAAGACUUCUCGAGAUCUGGCAUGUUUUAUACAGUUUGAAAAUGUCAACAUUUACUAUGCGAUUCAGUGCAAAAUGAAAUAUAAAGCACCCACUGACUUCUGCUUUGUUUUAAAGCAUCCCCAAAUUCAGAAGGAGUCCCAGUAUAUCAAGUAUCUCUGCUGUGAUGACGCAAGAACUCUAAACCAGUGGAUUGCAGGAAUUAGGAUUGCCAAGUAUGGAAAGACCCUCUAUGACAACUACCAGCGGGCAGUGGCGAAGGCCGGACUCUCUGCGCGCUGGACAAACCUGGGCACCGGCAACGCAGCUCCACCAGCUCCAUCUCCUGCAGGGCUUAAAACUGGCACCACCCAGGCCAAUGGUCAGAUUCCCCAGGCCAUGAGUUCUGUGAAUGCUGUCCUGCAGGAGACCCAGAAACAAGUGGAAACAACCAAGGACAAGAAGCCCGCCCUUGGAAACGACAGCCCAGGCGCGCAGGGCGCCCGCCACCCUCCCAAGUCCAGCCUGCCACCACCUCCUCCCGUGCGCCGGUCUUCAGACGUGGGGGGCGGCCCGGGGACCCCCGCCCAGCCCCGGGGCGCCGGUGGCUUCCCUCCCCCGCCCGACGACGUCCUGCCACCACCCCCCCCGCCCCCGCUGGAGGAGGACGAGCUCCCCCCACCGCCCCCCUAUUUUAACGAUGAGCCCCCGGACUUCGUGCCCCCGCCACCGCCGACUUGUGCCGGGGAUGUGGGGUCUGCAUUACCACCUCCUCCGCCGCCCCCGCCUGCCCUGGACCCCACGUCCUCAAAAACGCCCCCCAUUGUGGCCAAAAGGCCUCCUGUUCCGCCAAAGAGGCAAGAGAACCCGGGGCCCCCCGGCGGGGAGCAGGAUUUCAUGUCAGAUCUCAUGAAAGCUUUGCAGAAGAAGAGAGGCAACAUGCCCUAGCUGGGUGACAGCGGCCCUUGUGUGUUAGGUGUCAUUUGUAACCUCAAGCAAUGCUGCUGUUUCGGUGGCAUCAUCUUCAUUUUAGGCAGAAUAAUAUUGGGGUUCGGACAAGACGCAGUGUAAGUCUCACAAUGGGGGUGCACAUUCAUCAUCUCACCAAGCAGGAUUUCGAAUGCCUGCCUGUAUGUACAUCUUUGCUGUGGAUUCAUCUCUUUCCAAGUCAACCACAUGACGUCUUGUGUUCCUUUAUAUUAAGAUGCUGCGGCAGCAAAUAAACGUUUUUAAAAGAUUUUCUGUAGAUAAUAUUUCUGAAAAUAUCAGUGUCUGAAUCUAGAGCAACAGCAACACUAUCCUGACAUACUUGAGUUUUUAAAAAGCCCGUGCCUUCUAAAGUUUUCUUGAUUUUACACAUUUUCCACCAUUCCCUCCAUGACCUUCAGAAGCUUUCAGAAAAA